UCGUUAUCGCGGCCAGCAGAUUGUUUUGUUUUGCUUACACGACAGAUAAAUAAAUAAGAGUAUAGGAAAGCAAAAAUAAUCUUAAAAGAUGAGUAGCUUAAAAUCAGACUUGGAUGAAUACUUGCUGCUGCAAAGUGAUCAGAAGAAAAGUUUUAACGUAAAGCUGCCACAGCUGAAGGUUCCAUUUUUCUCAAGGAAAUCCGAUCCCCCGGAGGCGAAUAGUUGGCUCAAGGAUACGCAGGACUCGUGCUGCCCAAAAUUGUCCCGGCUGCAGCGAAUCGUGGGCUUCGUGGCAUGUUUGGGCAUGGGCGGACUGUGCCUGACUCUUUCCACAUUCUACAUUCCCGUACUGAUCCUUAAGGCCAGAAAGUUCGCCCUGCUUUACACACUCGGCAGCCUGUUCUUUAUCCUGAGCUUCUGCUUCCUGUCCGGAUUCGGGUCUUUUUUAAAGCAGAUGUUCUCCAGACCAAGACUGCUCACUUCCAUUUCGUACAGUUCCUGCCUGCUUCUAACUUUAUACUGCGCCCUGGUGGCUAAGAGCACUGCAUUUACGGUCCUUUUUGCGGUGGCCCAGAUAAUUGCCUUGCUCUUCAUGAUUGUGGGAAUGGUUCCCGGCGGAGCAACGGGGCUAAAAUUCUUUGGACAACUCUUCAAGACUAGCGUAUCGGCCUCGUCGAGUGCGUUGCCUGUUUAGAAAGGGGAAAAGCUAACAAAACAAAUUCACCACCGCAGCAACGAAAAGUAACUUAUUUAAAUCAUUGAUCAAUCCAAAAUAAAACUUAUUUGUGAUACAACGCCUCUCAAAUUUAAA